AUGUCAUCGUGGUACUCGAGGAUCCUCACCAACACCACCUCCCAGAUCUCGAGCUUGCAGAGCCGACUGCUGCAGAGCGAGAAUGACGGCGACACCGAGGACGACACCCACGUCUGCAGAGUGCUGAGAGCAUACUACACCGAGAAGGGCCGUCCGUUUCCGGGCUGGCUGCCCCCCGACCCAAAGGCGCCGCCGCCAGCGGCCCCCGUCUACGCCCAGCCUGCCAGCCAGGUCGGCUCGCGAUACGGAGGUCUGCAGCCGCAGCAGCAGCCUGGCCCUACCACGGGACUGAGCUCGCUGUGGGAUAGCAACGGCGGGGCGCAACCGCGGCAGGAUAAUAUGAGCCUUCGACAGGGCCGCGGCGCCCCGCCCCCGGUGCGAGGCGGCGAACAGCCGGCGCGACUGAGCCCGUUCGCGAGGGCCGGUGACAGUGGGCGAGACGACGUGCAGGCUCGGCCUCUACCCAGCCAGCGGGCGGGAAGCUACCAGUCGAGCGCAGCAUACGGACGAGAGGCAGUGAGCACACCGCCCGGCAGCUCGGGUGGAGGUGGUGGUGGCGGUGGUUCAGCACAGGACCGGCUUAAGCAGCGACUUUGGGGAGGUGCGAGAACGACGAGCCCGGCGUCGGGAGGUAACCAGGGACCUUUUCAACCACCGGCACGAGGUGGCUCGGGUGACUACGAAGAUCGGUUUGCUCCUGGGGGCAUGUACGAUGGAGGCGGAGCAGGAGGCGGAGACUCAGAUCCCCCGCCAUCGUCGAGCGCCCCCCAACCGGGAGGCCCUCGCUCGCCGUCCGGGAGUUUUUACGCCCUCAGCGACGACGAGGAGGGCGAGUACAACACAAUCACGCACACCGAGACCGGCCGAGGCGUGAAGCUCCUCUUCUCCAAGAGCAAGGUUUACGUGCAUCCCACACCCUCAGCGAAGGAUAACAUCCCCGGAUACAUCGCCUUGUUGCAACAAAAAGGCGCCCGUGGCGAACGACCGACAUCCUCUUCCUCCCGCGACUCGAAGCACCCGACCGCCGACGACUUGCUGUUAGCAUGGCUCCCCGAAACGUCUCUCGGCGAGGUCGAGAGCAUAUACGUCAAGGUCGACCUUAGCGAGGGCGAAUCGCCACCGAAGCAGUCCUACCUCGUUCCCCCGCCGCCGACGGUCACAUCCCACCGGGGAUCCGUCGGCACGUAUGCCUUUGCGAUACCCGUGAGCGCGAUCUACUCACUGCUCGUGCGCCCGCCGAGCCUGGGAUGGUGGUUCGGCUCGCUUAUUAUCAACUCGCGCGCCGGCGACAGCUUCCCUGCGCUCUUCUUCCAUGACAAUGAGUGCCAGAGCACGAUCUUGAAGAGAAAGAGGCGGACGAGGGAUAGUUUCGACCCGUUCGGCGAGCGCGGGGAGAUGUUCUGGGGUGGCGAUGAGGUGCUGCGCUGGCUGAAGCGUUACAUCCCGAUCGAGAGGUCUGGCGCCGAGCCCAAUAUCUAUCUGGUGGACCCGUCGAAGGAGGAUAGUGAGGCUUUCGGCGGUAAGGUCACCGCUAGCACUGCGCAAUCUCAGCGAGAUGGUGCCAGCGGGAAUGCUUCAGGAUCUAGGCCCGGCGGUGCUGGUGCCGAUGCGCAGAUGGACCCGUUUGUGAAGUUGAUCAAGGAGACUGGGUGGAAUAUCAUGGAGAAGUUCAGCAAGGUCACAACGUUCACACGGAGGGCGGCGCAGGAUGUCAUCCAGAACCCGAACGUGCCGCCGCAAGUGAAGAGGUUAUUGAGGAACCCGGAGGUCCAGACGCUGCAGGAUGAGUUCGACAGUGCUAGGAUAUACCUCGCUCGCUGGGCCAUGGGCAUCGCUGAGCAGAGCGAGCGCGAUCGCAGCCAGAGAAUCUGGACCGCAAGGGAAGUCUUGGAGCUCGAGGACACUGAUGUCGGCGAAUUCGAGCUUCUAGAUGGCAGCAGCACCAUGUCCCUUGAGGACAGGAGGAAGCCGGUCAACUUGAAGGAGUGGAACACAUUCUUCGAUCAACGUACUGGAAGGCUGUCUGUCACCAUCGACGAAGUCAAGGAGCGGGUGUUCCAUGGCGGACUCGAUCCUGACGAUGGAGUGAGAAAAGAGGCAUGGCUCUUUAUUCUCGGCGUAUACGACUGGUAUAGCACAUCUGAGGAGCGCAAGGUCCAGAUUGCGUCGUUGAGGGAUGAGUACGUCAAGCUCAAGGGCGCAUGGUGGGAGCGACUUGUAGAUAUGGGAGGCGAGGGUGACGACGGAGAGUGGUGGCGCGAACAACGCGAGAAGGACGUCCACCGAACAGACCGCAAUGUCCCCAUCUUCGCUGGAGAGGACAUCCCUCAUCCCGACCCGGAUUCCCCCUUUUCCGAAGUCGGCACCAACGUCCACCUCGAGCAGAUGAAGGAUAUGCUUCUCACCUACAACGAGUACAACAAGGAUCUUGGAUACGUGCAGGGCAUGUCCGACCUCCUCGCUCCCAUCUACGCGGUAAUGCAAGACGACGCCAUCGCCUUCUGGGGUUUCCAACACUUCAUGGACCGCAUGGAGCGUAACUUCUUGCGUGACCAGUCAGGCAUGCGUGCUCAGCUCCUCACCCUCGAUCACCUUGUCCAGUUCAUGGAUCCCAAGCUGUACGAGCAUCUUAAGUCGGCCGACAGCACCAACUUUUUCUUCUUCUUCCGCAUGUUGCUUGUAUGGUAUAAACGUGAGUUUCAGUGGAUGGACGUGUUGAGAUUGUGGGAGAUCCUGUGGACGGACUACCUGAGCAGUAGCUUCCAUCUGUUUGUGGCGCUGGCUAUUCUUGAGAAGCAUCGGGAUGUUAUCAUGACUCACCUGCAGCAUUUCGAUGAGGUCUUGAAAUAUGUCAACGAGCUGUCCAACACGAUGGAUCUCGACUCAACCCUGAUUCGUGCAGAAGCACUCUUCCGUCGCUUCCAGCGCCUCGUCGAAGCAGUCGACAAGAAGGGGAACUUCCCGCCGCCCAAGAUCCGCGACCCCCCUGCUUCCCCGUCAAAGUCGACCGAUGAGACGCCUAAGCAGGGCGAAAACAGCGCUGGACCUGCCUCGCCACGCAAAGACACCGGUAAAGACAACAACAAGAACAGCGGCAAGAAGCCUGAAGAACCUCAGGUUCAGAAGGUCAUUACACCGGAACUGCGGGAGUUGCUUAGUCGUAAGGUGGUGGUUCUCCCACGGAAGACAGUGGCGAAAAAGGGCGAUGGACCAAACAGGUCGUGA